CGAUUUGGUUUCAUACUUUUUUUUGCCUUAGUCAGUUGAAGGUUCCUAAUACUUUUCGCCAUGAAGAUGCUGAUCCUCCUUUUUGUGUUCAUCGCUCUGGCAAGCAAUUCUAUGGCACUAAAAAAUGAAAUCUGUGGUCUCCCCCACUCACAAGAUGGUAGUGGUAUUUAUAGGUGCUAUGCACGUAUUACCAGUUGGUCCUACGAUUCUAACAACAAAGAGUGUGUGGAAUUCUUCUACGGAGGAUGUGGUGGCAAUGCAAAUAAAUUUUUUACGAAGGAACUUUGUCAAAAAAUGUGCCGGGAAUAAAAUGCUUAUAAGGUAAGGCCAAUAAGUCGCACACAGAAAUAAAAUUUGAAUUUUCAUGCAAAAGUUAAAAUAA